AUGAGUGGCUGGCCACCGCGUGGCGGGCCGCCGUGUUGCCGUCGGACACUUUUGAUCGGCGAAGGGAAGGGGAAAAUUCAAUUCGCUGCUUGUGCCACGAGACGCCUCGGCGCAGGCGUGUCGAAAGGCAUCCGGAACCAUGGCCGUGAGAGGGACGCAUUGAUGACGGCGCAAGACAUUGCUCAACCCGUGACGGGCGGCUGCGCCUGCGUCCUCAUCACCGCUGGCGUGCUUCGGGCCAUCGGCGUCUGCCCUGCUCACUCACAGAGCCACGCUGCCUUCACCGUAGUCAUUGAUUUGCUUUUCUGUGCUCUUCCUGCCGCCUGCCUGGAUCAUCUCAAACCGCCUUCGUUCUCUCAUGUUUCUCGACGGCACACCCGAGUCUGCUCAAGCCAAACCCAACACCAACGCGCCCGAAACAUCUCCGGCCUCAUCGUCCUCGCCUUCGCCUGUCGCUUCGGCCCCUCGCUUGCCUGCUCUCCAUGCUUGGUGUUUGCCAAUCCGCUCGCCACUUGUUCACUCUGGCCUCUCCCUUGGGGCCGUCUUGUGACGCUGCAUUUCUCUCAGGAUCCGGCGCCCGCUUCGGGUCGUCGCCCUCCAUCACCUUCUCCUGCUGCAUCCCACAUGUCCGCCAACGGGUUUGCCUCGCCAGUCAUGGAACUGGACCGAGACACCUCAACCUCCACGCCCACAACAUCUGCAAUACCCUUUGAGCCCCAUCAGUCCCAGUCCCAACCGCAGUCGGCUUCCCCGGCUCCGGAUCACACACAAUCCCACUCCAAGUCGGAAUCUCACGGUGCCUUCUCGCCCGGUCAGCGGCCCAAGAAGUCUUCGACGACAUGCUCAACUUGUCGCUUUCGCAAAGUCCGUUGUAACGGCCUUCGCCCAGUCUGUUCCAACUGCCAAAGGCUCGGGUUCCCUUGCUCCUAUGACGACUCUGAUGCCGAUAACUGGUCCCUGGCCUUGCCGCGUCGCAGAGUCAAGCAGGCAUGUCUGAGUUGCCAUAGUCGCAAGGCCCGAUGUUCCGGCCACAUGCCCGCUUGCGACCGAUGUCGCUCCCAGGGUAUCGAAUGCGUCUACCGCCCUGGGAAAAGAGCCAAGGGCACGGGUAGAGGCGGCUACGGCGAGGUUCGGAGCCCUCGUAGUCACGAUGGUGAUGACAAGGACAGGACAAAGGAUCGGGAUCAAGACAAACAUGAUGAUAGCGACACACCCGUCACUGAUCCGGCAAACACGCCAAGUACCUUUAACCACGAAAUUCCCAGCAUCGACGAGUCUUUUGAUUCUCUGACUAGUCGCACCUUUGACCAAUUCUUCCGCCAUGUUCACCAUAUCCCCAUGUACUCAUUCUUGCAUCGCGCAUCACUCAUGGAGCAAUACAACUCUGGCAAAGUCGACAAAGCACUCUUGUUAGCCCUCAUCGGCAUCACAUCGUGUUUGACGGAUAUGGGCGCUGGCGUGCGUGAGUACGGUGACCGUUGCAUUGAUCGCGCGGAACACCUCAUCUUUUCCGAUUACUCACGACCGUCGACAUUCAAAGUCCAGGCCCUAGUCUUCAUGAUCAAGCACAGAAUACUGUCCAACAAAUACCCUAGCGCCUUUAUGCUCCUGAGCAUGGCGUCUCGUUUCGCUGCAGCACUACGCCUGAACCACGCCAGCCCCAAUCUGUGCUUCUUGGCCCAGGAGUCUCGAAGACGGUUGAUGUGGUCACUAUACUGCAUCGACACUGGUAUUUCGGCGGGGUACCGGGAUUUUGCGUUGUGGCGAGCGGACAGAAUCUUUGUCAGCUUGCCUUGCAACGAACGAAAUUUCGAAUUCGAUCUGCCACAAGCCGCCGAAAUGCUUGACCCUGCAAGCAACGGCCCUGACAUACCGCCCCCGGAAGACGUUGGGAGUCUGGCACUCCAUAUCCGCAUCCUCCAUCUGCGCCAGAAGAUUAUCGAGUUCACCAAAGAUGUUCUCGUGGGCCGCACCAUCACCGAUACGUCAAGUCUGCAAGAUCCCGUCCUAGCAUUGCACAAACAACUAGACGACUUUGCCGGCCGACUCCCGUCUUCGUUUCAAUUCUCCGAAAGCUCUCUCCGGCUGCGAGCAUACUCUCCCAGGAUUUGUGUUUUUGUCAUGAUCCACGUCUGGUGGCAUCAAUGCCAUUGUGACCUAUAUCGCAUGACCAUGGCUGGAUUCAGGGAAGCCCUGCCCGAGGCCACAUUGCAAAAGUUGGACCCAUCGUUUCUCGCUCACUGCCAACGCCAGUGCGUAGAUCACUCCCUGGCCAUGGCCAGCAUAUUUUCUUCCAUGCAUAAACUCGGGGCCAGGCCUGUGGCAGACCUAGAUUUGGCCCUCUGCGCCUAUCAGUGUGCUCGCAUGCUAAAAUAUGCGUUCCACGGCGGUGCCCACAAGUUGGGGUUGACGGUCGAGGUGGUGACGGAAAAGGCCAAAGUUUGUCUGCAUACCAUCAAGCAGUGCUGCAUGGGUCCGGCGGCAGGGGCCAUUCGAUCUGACCUGGAACGACUGAUCAGCCAGGGUCUUGGGUCGGAAGUCUCCUCUCCCCAAGACACCAUGGUCGACUCCAACCGGACCAACAGCGCUGGCACCGAUGCCCCAUCCAGACAUCCCGUCCUUCGAAAUAUCGAGGUGACGGAGGAACCAAGCGUGAUAUCGACGACGCAGACAGUGGCAUGUCGCACCAACUCGCACCCUCCGGAACCCUUCAUCACUACGCCCGUAACAGCAGCCACCGCCAUGCCAAUGCAGACGUCGCUGUCCGCCCAGGAACUGGCCACCCCAAAUGCUUGGACUACCGCGCCAUCAUUCCCCAGCAUGGCAGCAGCUGUACAAGUCCACGCAGAGCCAGAGCCAAUGGAUUUGACAAACGCUUCCAAUAAGUCCGAUAUUGGUGCAGGCGAACUAAACAGUGCUUACGAGGGAGCGCUGGAACUUUUCGACCAAGACAACGGACUAGCUCACGCCAUGGGCGUCGAGUUGAGCCCUUGGAACUGGAGCAGUGAUUUGCAGUGGCCCGAUUUUCUGAGCAGCGGCGUGGGUGUGUGA